GCACUUUUCAAAUAUGUAGUUAAAAUAUUUUGAAAAAAAAAAUCUGAAAAUUCACUAUCUUUAUGUUGAGGUGUGGGCGUGAUUAUCAGAUAACAAUUGGUUGACCCUAGUUGGGCAGUAAAAGUUUUUUCGCAAGCGUUAAAGAAAUGGAACUGACUGGCUGGGUGAAAAACUAUGAAUGGGGUAAACGUGGCAUUAAUUCGACUGUUGCCCAAAUGGCAAUGGCCAACGAUCCAGACUUUAUCCUGAACGAGAAUGAAACAUAUGCCGAAAUGUGGAUGGGCACCCAUUUCUGUGGUGUUUCCAUUGUCAAGGCGACUGGGGAAACCCUCGACCGUGUUCUUAAGAAGGAUCUGCCAUAUCUGUUCAAGGUGCUGAGCAUAAAAAAAGCACUCAGCAUCCAAGUGCAUCCAAAUAAAUGCGAAGCAGAGCGUCUCCACAAGGAAAGACCACUUAUUUAUAAGGAUGAUAAUCAUAAGCCAGAGCUGAGCAUAGCUCUAACACCGUUCCUGGCGCUGGUUGGAUUUCAGCCAGUCGAAGAUAUAAUCGAUAAUAUUGAUGAGUUCCAACCGUUAUCCAAGCUCAUCGGCAAAGACGCCGUCCAUGCGCUACACAAAAAUCGAAACGCCGAGGGCGUAAAGGAAUGCUACGAGAUCUUAAUGAAGUCGGAUGAAACUGUCGUCGCCAAUUGCGUCAAGGAGAUAGCCAAGAACUACAAAAAAGAGCUUAAGCAGGAUGGAUUGCUGGAUAUAUUCAACACAGUGAAUGGAGAUUUUCCCGGAGACGUGGGUGUACUGUCUCUAUUCUUUCUGAAUCUGGUGCGUCUGCAGCCUGGUCAGGCCAUUUACUUGGGCGCCAACGAGAUUCAUGCAUAUUUGGAUGGUGAUUGUGUGGAAUGCAUGGCCUGUUCUGAUAAUGUUAUUCGUGCAGGACUCACGCCCAAAUACAAAGAUGUGGAGCAGCUUAUUGCCUCGGUAAUAUUUGAGGGCAAACCGGCAAGCUGCAAGCUGUUUAUGCCAUAUCGCAUCGAUGACACCGUACAGGUGUUUGUUCCACCUGUUGACGACUUCGCUGUGAUGCAUGUGGCCCUUAAACACACUGUAGAUACGUACAAGCUACAGAUACAGCCAUAUGGGUCCAUUCUGUUGACGUUGACAGGUGUCCGCAUCUUAAAGCUUAACACCAAGGAGGGUCCCAAAGAAAUCACCGUUACGCGCGGAAACAUUGUCUACAUUCCAGUUGAGGCAGCGCCCGAAAUUGAAUUCAUGCAUGCCGAAGACUGCGGAGAUGAUUUUACCGCCUACAUUGCAACAUAUAAUUAUUUCAGGCGUGCCUAGAGUGUAAAUUUGUAGUGCUAUACAAAAUUUUAAAUAAAUGAAACACGCUUCUUUCGUGUCGAAUUAAUUUCAAUUUCAAUUAUUGCAAUUUAUAACAGCUAAAAUAGAAACUAAACUGGCAAUUUUAAUCAUUUAAAGCGGGGUUAACGCGUGGGUUUAUAUAUCUAAUUAAAUACGAUAUUAUGUAAUGUACAAUAAACAUAUCAAUGAAUAAUAUUUUGUGCACAGAUAAUUUCAGAUUAAUACAAAACAACAAAAUACGUUGCACAGACUUAACCUAAUGCAAAAACUGGGCUUACAAUCUGGUUGAAGUAUAUAAUAUGUAUAUGUGUUAUAUAUAGAAAAGGGGGGUACAUAAACAUACAUACAGUUAGUACGUUUCUUGUAUAGUAUUAACAAACUGGCGUACACAAAGAAUGCACAUAAAUUGGCUACAAUAUGACACUACCCUUAAAUAUUUAAUUGUUCUCAACCAUCCGUUCGUUCCGUUGACUCCUUAUAAAUGCCUCACCACAGCAUGCACAAGUUGUAAAUAUUUUAUCAUAUAGAUUACAUACAAAGUUGCUUAGUUUGAAUCAUAAAGGUCGUAAAAUGCCUCAAAAUGUUUGUACCAAAAACUUGGGUACAUUUAUACGAAAUAUCUCAUUAUAAAAUUUUGGUAAAGGUUGUUAGUAGUUAGACGAUAGGUAUACGUGUAGAUACAUUAUAUAGAUGGGUUAAUCGUAAUUAUUAAUUUCUCUUCAGUUUUGCUUUAGUAAGUAUAUACGUAUAAUAUAGUUUGAUAACGCAGUAGCAACAAAUAAAUCAAUUAAUAAUGCCGCUACUGCUAGUAUAUUUGUGCCCACAACAUGUGUUCCCUGUUGUUGUAGUAGUUGUUGGUGGUGGUGGUGGUGGUUGUGUAAGUUUAGGU